UUGGUGUGAUUGGCCCCUAAGGGGGCGUGUACACCAAGGCAUUUCCCUCUGCGGCUGGCAUAUGUAUUCAAUUAUUUCCAAUGGAAAAGAGGCGUUUUUUCAAAAAUGCCAGCAGCUUGCGGGUUUUGUCUGCACUGAGCACCAGCAAUUAUUUAACUUUGGGUGAAACCCUCAGCUCAUCAAUGUCAGUUUUCACUUGGCUGAUCAAUCACAGUGGAGGAGGGACAAAUAUCACAACAAACAACCGGCGCAUCGUUCAACGACUGAUGAACAAAACAGAAGUAUCAUCACAACUUUGGUGUACACACCCCUAACAGUCUUAGUUUUGCUCUGUCUUUGAACAGAAUGUGUGAUGAUGAUACAGGAAGUACUUGAAUAGUUCAUCUGAUAUCAGUCAGUAUAUUGUCUUCGUACAUUUCACUUAAGUCUCAAAUCAUCUGCAGUUGUUUCAGUACAGAAUCCACAUCCAUGAGACAUUUGAACAAAUCUGCUUUCAGCAAAGAUUUUACACUGGUUACACAAUUUUCUCAUUUCUGGAGGACUGAUCUUAUAUUUAUGAAGAGAUGAAGACAGAACAGCAAAUCAUUCUUUUCAUUUGUUUGUUACAAGGUGUUUGGUGUCAAUAUUGGCCCAUCAAUCUGCCAGAGAAGAUUGAAGCUCUGAGUGGAUCCUGUGUGAUCAUAAACUGCACAUUUACUAUUAAUAACAAAUAUGACAAUGAUCUCACUGACAGUGCUGUAGGGGUGUGGCUUAAAGAUGGGACUGACUAUCAAAGAAAUGUAGUGUUUAACUCCAGCAACUCCAAACUACCUUUAAAAGGGAACAUAACUGGAAACUUAAAAAACAAGGACUGUACCACCAUUUUUUAUGACGUUACUUUAAAUCAUAAAGGCAGAUUUAUGUUCAGGAUUGAGGGUACACUGAGAUAUACCUAUGAACAAUAUGUUUCAAUAGAUGUGAGUGACUCUCCCCCCAAUCCCACAGUGCAGAUGUUUAAGGAUCAGAUGAAGGUUGAGGUUCAUAAGGAGGUGUUAGAGGGGAGCUCUAUGUGUCUGCGCUGCUCUGCUAAGACUCUCUGCUCCUCUUCUCCACCAACUCUCACAUGGAGCUCCACUGACAGACUCCACCUCAAUGAGAGCAGCAGACUACAGCUGGAUCAACAGAAACAAACUGAGAUCAUCUCUGAUCUUAACUUCACUGCUACUCACUUUCAACAUGGAGUCACUUUCAUCUGCACUAUAACCUACCAGAUAAAGCAGAGAAACACAACAGCACAAAACAACAUCACAUUACGUGUUCAGUAUGCUCCUGAAAACACAUCAGUGUCUGUGUUUCCAUCUAACUCUGUACUGGAGGGCAGUUCAGUGACUUUGAUCUGCAGCAGUGAUGGAAAUCCAGCAGUGUUCAACUACACCUGGUACAGAGAGAAUGGAGGACAGCUGGAAGAGCUGCAGACUGGAUAUAAUCUCACCUUCAAUGUGAAUGAUCAUACACACACAGGACGCUACUACUGUCAAGCCAAAAACAAACAUGGUACCCAAAACACAUCAGUGUUGCUGGACAUUCAGUAUGCAACAAGAAUCUCCCUCAGCUGUAACAGAACUGAUGUAACUGUGUGUUUGUGUGAGGCUCAUGGGAAUCCCUCUCCUAAAGUGGAGUGGCAUCUAUCUGGACGUCCUGUCAGUAACUCUACAAACACAUUCAUCAUUGAGGAGCGAUUGAACAGCACAGACUUGAGGAGCUUCAUUUCUCUCCAUCAGUCACUUACACACACAGACACUCUGCAGUGUGUCAAUAUCAACACUCACAGCACUGCCAGUCAUCAGAUUCAACUGCUUCACUGUUCUCAUGAGACAAAUAUUCAUAUAAUUAUUUUCCUGAUCAUCUUAACACUGAUUCUUAUCCUGUAUGCUGUGACUGUUGGAUUUGCACUUUACAAAAUUAGACAAUUGAGCAGCAAGCUGAAGGUUCACAAUGAUGCAGGCACAUAUGCUUCUCUUCAGCUCUCUGAUCCAGUGUCUGAAUAUGAGACUUUAAAUAUUAAGAAAGAUAACACACAGUAAACAACAUAUAAACAUUUGGUAAUUUCAUCAGAUUUGUCCCUCUGUAUAUUAAAAAGAAUUUUAAUUUUAACUAAUAAUAAAUAAAUCUUACUAUUUACUCAACUUUAAUGCAAGUGCUGCUUUGAUGUUAGUAUUUUUUACAUUUAUUGCAGAAGUGAUUAAUUUGUGACGUUCACAUCUUUGGCAAAAGACAGAAAUACCAGCACUCUUAACAUGCUUAAAAGGACCACACCUAAAAAAUAACUAUACCCUUCAUCUGUUAUCACACUGGGAUCUUGCAGCAACAAAUAGAUGUUAAUGAACUGUAAAUGUCAGUGGCCAUGAAUUUAUGCACACAAUUUUAGUAUUUGUGAUACAGUUUCUUUAAAUGUAGAACAUCAUGUUUGUUUAAAUGCUUUCUGAUUUUGAAUGCUGUACUAAUUAGUAGCAAUAAAAACAUUUUAAUUUGAUAUUCUGUACAUUUAUUCUGUAAUUAUUCUGUACAGAAUAUGUAUUUGGUUGAUUUUUUACAAUGUUGUAUAUAAUGCAACAUUAUAUACUGUUGU